GUUGCGGUGGCAUUGCUCCACUUGUCUGGUCAUUCAGCUGAACAUCAGUUUACCAAGAUCAUCAUAGCAUCAGUCAAUACUUAUUGUUCAGUACUUCCCGUCCAGAGCGAUAGGAUAGGAUCAGUCGCGUCCCACUUUGAACCCACCGCGGAACCAGAGCAGCACCCUGACCGAUACGACGUCAAUCCAACCACGCUUCAACCCUCAACCACGAACCAUGUUCGCUGCACUCCCACCCAUACAGCAACCCUUCGCACUCCCCGGUUCAAAUAUACCAUCGCCGCAUUACGUCUCCAAUCCUCCUCCUUCUCACCCGUACUCUCCCCAGCGGCCAUCGCCGCUCUCCCCACGCCGCCACCGACAGUCUCCCCCGGAGAUGAUGACCGACAAUACCAAUCCUCCCAAUAGCAGCACCAACAACAGCAACAGCUUCAACUUCUUCGCCCCCCAAACCACCGCCAACAACACCACGAACCCCUUCGCCCCACCCCCACCCUCAAACACAGCACCAUCCCAAUCCUCCCGCUCCAGAUCCUCCCCCACCUACGCCCAACGCUACACGUCAACCGUCUCCAACCCCCUCAACAAUAUCAUCCCACGCUCACACACAACCUCCGCGACGCAAUCCGCGCGCAAUGCCCGCCGCAGCGCAUUCCUCAACCGCGUCAAGCGCGACCGCGACGACGGGCGGUUCGAGAAUAGAGGCGAGCAGAUCGUGCUGAUGGAGCAUGCUGCGGAGGAGAAGAAGUGGGGGGAGGCGAUGCGGAGGAGGGCGGAGAGGUUGUUUGGGGAGGGUGUGCAGGAGGAGGAGGUUGAUUUUGGGGUGGAGGAUGAGGAUGAAGCGAAUGCGUUGGACGAGUAUAUCCUCCAACAAGAGGAAGAAGCCAUGCAAAUGCAGAUGCAAAUGCAGAUGCAGGCACAACACCAAGAGCAAAUGCAAAUGCAAAUACAAAACCAACAGCAUACCCAGCACGGCAAUUACCAACACACCCCCAACAACACUACAUCCUCAUUCAGCGACGACGAAUACGAUGACAUCUUCACCGAUCUGGCAGACUACAGUCAGGAUAUGGAUAUGUCUGGGUGAUUGUGAUUGAUAUAUUACUAUGUGGGGGGAGGAAGAUACAUGAUAGAGUUGUUUACUGUUGCUGUUAUAGAUACUGUUUGUGUGCGUUUGGUGUUUGGUGUUGAUUAGGUCGGUUUAGCUGGGUUGUUUGUUUUCCUGGUCAUGUUGUUGCUUCGAAUUUACACGGACUUAGGUCAGUCUUGAGGUUCCGGUCUUGUUUGGCUUGUUCAUAG